AUGUCGAUGUUUGAUGAGAUGGGCUUUUGUGGUGACAUGGAUUUCUUCUGUGCUCCACUUGUGGAAGGAGAUGUGGCUGCUCCACAAACUGAACAAGAGGCUACUGUGGAGGAUGAUUAUAGUGAUGAGGACAUUGAUGUUGAUGAGCUUGAGCGAAGGAUGUGGAGGGACAAAAUGCGUCUCAAAAGGCUAAAAGAACAGACCAAAAGUAAGGAGGGGAUUGAUAUUGCUAAGCAGCGUCAGUCCCAGGAGCAGGCCAGGAGGAAGAAGAUGUCGAGGGCACAAGAUGGGAUCUUGAAGUACAUGUUGAAGAUGAUGGAAGUUUGUAAAGCUCAAGGUUUUGUUUAUGGGAUUAUACCAGAGAAGGGAAAGCCAGUGACUGGGGCAUCAGAUAAUCUUCGAGAAUGGUGGAAGGAUAAAGUCAGGUUUGAUCGAAAUGGUCCAGCUGCCAUAACAAAGUACCAAGCUGAUAAUUCAAUCCCAGGAAAGAAUGAGGGUAGUAAUUCAAUUGGUCCAACCCCACACACCUUGCAGGAGCUUCAAGAUACCACCCUUGGUUCGCUCUUGUCUGCACUGAUGCAGCAUUGUGACCCUCCCCAGAGGCGGUUUCCAUUAGAGAAAGGUGUUUCUCCACCAUGGUGGCCUUCUGGAAGCGAAGAAUGGUGGCCUCAAUUGGGGUUGCCGAAGGACCAAGGAGCUCCACCUUACAAGAAGCCUCAUGACUUGAAGAAGGCAUGGAAAGUGGGUGUUCUCACAGCAGUGAUUAAGCAUAUGUCUCCUGAUAUUGCCAAGAUCCGCAAGCUUGUGAGACAGUCCAAGUGUUUGCAGGAUAAGAUGACAGCCAAGGAAAGUGCUACUUGGCUUGCAAUUAUCAACCAAGAGGAGUCAUUGGCUCGUGAGCUUUACCCUGAUUCCUGCCCACCAUUGUCGUCAUCCGGAAGUGGAUCUUUAGUUAUUAAUGAUUGCAGUGAGUAUGAUGUUGAAGGAGCUGAAGAUGACCCAAACUUUGAUGUGCAAGAGUGCAAACCUGAGAUGCUUAGCUAUUCUAAUUUAGGGAUGGAAGGAAUGAGGGAAAGGCAACCUCUUCGACAACAAGCAUAUCCAAUUAAGGGUGAAGUUAUCUCCAGCAUGGAUUUUAUUCGAAAGAGAAAGCCAUCCAGUGAUAUAAACAUGGUGGAUCAGAAGAUCUACACAUGUGAGGCUGUUCAAUGUCCUUACAGUCAAAUCCGAUUGGGUUUCUCUGACAGGGCUUCUAGAGACAAUCAUCAAUUAAAUUGCCCAUACAGAAGCACUUCAUUAGAGUUUGGAGGGUCAAAUUUUCACGUUAAUGAAGUCAAGCCUGUCAUCUUUCCUCAACCAUCUGUACAAUCCAAGCCAGCUGCUCCAUUGGUGAACCCAGGCCCCUCUUCUUUUGAUCUAUCAGGAGUUCCAGAAGACGGGCAAAAGAUGAUCAGCGAGCUCAUGUCAAUCUACGACACUAAUAUCCAAGGCAAUAAGAACACGAAUCCUGUUAACAAUUUGGUCACAGAAGGUCACAAUGUUUUCCAGCCAAAAAUCCAACACCAACAGGACAAUCGCAUUGUUUUCCAGCCGAAGAUCCAACACCAACAGGGCAAUCACAAUGUUUUCCAGCCAAAAAUCCCACACCAACAGGACAAUCACUUCCGCGGUCAAGGCAAUGUCAUCGACGGAAAUAUCUUCGAAGAGUCCAACAUCAACCAUAGCCAACAAAUGUUUCCUCAUGAAGGGGAUCAGUUUGACAGGUUUAAGCCUUCGAAUUCUCCAUUCGAGACAAACCAAAACAACAAUAGCUUCAACUUGAUGUUCAGCUCUCCAUUCGAUUUGUCCUCUUUCGACUACAAGGAGGACCUACAAGGACUGGGAAUGGAUGCUCUGCCAAAGCAUCAGCAGGAUGUUUCAAUCUGGUACUAA